CCUGCUCGUCCCGUACAUACUGUACACUCAAGGUUCGUGUCUGUCUGUGGUCACUCAAGUCGCUGUGGUGUCUCGAGCUUGGGCCGGGGUCCGCCAGGGUGCGCCUGUUCUCCUCCUCCUACGAUGUCCACCCCAGCCCAGGUACCCGCUCCUCUCAUGCUCCCGCUCUCUCUCACUCCUUCCCCCCCUUCAUCCCAACCACUGCUGGGCCGCUUCUACUCUCCCCCAUCUCUCCUUUCCAGGCUGCGGCACCCGGUCCGUUUCUCUGCUGCCCGCGCUGGCUUCCUUUCUUCCUCAUUUCUCUCCUUCGCCCGUCUCAACGACAUAUCGGGCAGCCUUGCUCGCGGGUCCUCAUCCCCCCUUCGACGUCCUGUACGCAUCCCCCCGACCGUCUGGUACGAGAGAGAGUGAGCCGAGACGACCGCGUCCGUCCUUUUCCCACCAUUGAAAUUCGUCUCGAGCCGCACGCGUUUGCACGUUUACACGACGACUCCGAAUCAUCCUGCCAGAUUCUAUCGCAUCUCUGUUUGCGUCGCCUUUCCAAAACGACGCUCGGCCGUCCGGCCGUCACUCUCCUGACAGGUCCUGUCGACCUACUAACACCAAAACGACGACCCUCCUUCGUUAGCCUUUGGACCUCAAAAUCGUCGUGUCACGACGUUUGACCGGACAUUGUUCGCACUGCCCCCGGCAGGCAUUUGGCGGCAUUUGGUCGACGCACCAUCGCGUCGCGUCUUGGCCUUCACGUCCCGAGAGGACGCUGGCUCAGUCAGCCUCGAUCCGGUGUCGAGCCGUUUCUGCUUAAGCGAUUCGUACUCUUCUGCAGUGGUGGCUCCGAGGUCCUUCGAUCCCGCCUCCGCCGCCCUGCCUGCCGCUGCUGUUGACAGCUAUUUCUUUUCGAUUGAUCGCCGCCAUCGAUUCACUCGACGGACAAGCGCCGUUGUCAUUCGCGAGCCAGGUCUCGUUUCUUAAACAAGCUUCUCGACCUCCAACCACGGCUAUGUUAUGAGCGUCUUCACGACAGCGGUUGACGGUAUUUGGUCCUAACGGCAGUUUGUAUCGUCCCCGGCUGCUCGACUGCUCUUGGGCGACUGGCAAAUAUGCCUGCCCCGAAGCCUCCCGCUUCCCUCGAUAACUCGUGCACUGUCAUCCAUGACAACACGCUCUACUCCUUCACCCCCGAUUCCUUUUUGUCCAUCGCGCUAGAAAAUAGCGCGAAAUGGAAGAAGCUGCAGCCGGGCGUCAAAGUGACCGGCGCAUCGUGUGUGGGCACCACGCCCUCCGAUGUAAGUCAGGCCGGCUUCUAUGUUGUCGGCGGUAAGUCCGACGUGGCGGAUUAUUCUGGCCUGCAAAAGUACACGUACUCGACAGGCAACUGGACCACUGUCCCCAUCACAGAAGUUCAAAUCAAGAACCGCCAAGGGCAUUCGUCCACCUACAUACAGGCUGACGAUGCUAUCCUCUUGUAUGGUGGGGGCGUGGGCGACGCCCGCGGCGCAUCCACGACGACGUUUACUAUUGGCGCAUCUGCACCUUGGACAGUUCGCAGCUACGGAUCCGUCAUUGCGCCCCCGGCCGUUUCUCCCAUCCUCAUGAAGUGGUCGGGCGCCGAUGCCGCCAUGAUUGGCGGCGGCGCUGAUCCGCAAAACGCCAAAGUCUGGCUCUUCAACCCGAAUGCGAAAUGGAGAGAUUCUGGUGCGAGCCUGGCAGACCCGCUGGCGAAGGACACAUCGUCGAUGCAAGCCGUCCUGAUUGACGGAGAUGAUGGGUCCAAGAGUCUCUACACCUUUGACCUCAGCCAGUCGCCCAAUACAGUCAGCCGUUUCACGCUCCAGGGCACAGAUGGCGUCCCGGUGCACGCUUCGACCCGUGUGACGGCCCGCAGCGUCGAUGGUGCUAAGUCAGAGGUCAAGAGGGGACUGUCCCUCAACGACUGGCCCAAGUACAACGCAUCUCUUGCGCCAACGACGACCAGGCAGAACUUCGCCAUGGCGCAGGGCCCAGACGGCAUGGUGGUCUUCUCCGGCGGCAAUAGCGAUAGCCCGCUGGCCAUCUUCAACGCAAAGGAAAACGGCUGGAUGAAUGUAACCGCUCUGCUGGGAGACAAUACACAAAAAGCGAUGACGGCUUCUACAACAACCACGUCCACUUCGUCAACCACGACUGCCUUUUCCUCAACUUCUACUACACCCUCUACCUCGACUACCAUGACGUCAACCGCGACAAGCUCGGCAGCGGCUCUGCCACCUACCGCUCCUAGCACUGACUCCGGUCCGAGCUCCGACGCCAUCUUGGGCAUCACGCUGGGCACGAUCGCCGGCUUCCUGGCCCUGCUUGGUCUCAUCCUGCUGUUGCUUCGACGCCAUAAGAAGCAACGCAACCAUGCCGAGAAUGGUCAGGAUGGCCAUUCCACGUCUGCAUCGCCCAUUGAGAAGGAAAUGCUCUCGUCCAUGAAGUCUCCCUUGCCCGCCAAGCCCCACGGACAAUUCCGAGGCCAUUACCCGCAGGCAUCGCAGGAUUCGCACUCCUCCAUGGCGAUUCUGAUGGGUCGCAUGCACAAGGACAAGGACAAGUCUGGCUUGUCAAGGAAGGCGAGCAAUGACAGCCUCCGGAGCUCAACUAGCUCUCUGCACAAGCAGUUCAAGAGCAAGAUCAGCAAGCCCAUCCCGCAGGUGACCAACUAUCCUGCCCUCGCCGCCCAAGAUGACAGAGGGGUCGCUUUUGAUCCCGCAGUGCCCGCGCCGCGACCACGAAACAACCGGCCGGUGGAUCCGCAAGACGGUACUCGCCGCAGCUCGGGCUGGAAUCGAUACUGGUCUGGAGGCAGUGCAUUACAGAUCCUGGGCUUCGGGGGGCAGAAAAGGAACACACUUAUUUCCGAGCCGAGCUCGCACUACUCGGAGGGCACUGGCACGAACAACCACGCGUCGAGGGUGACGCAGGAUUCUGCCACUGUACCGCCCCUGAACUUUGACCGGGCCCUGGAGGGCAGGCCGUCGGUCAACAGCGUCAAUUCCGGGAGCCCAGUUGUGGCUCAGUACAGCAGCAAGCUGCCUGCGGAAGGCAUGACGGGCACGAUUGAGCGCCCCGUGUCCCCCGUGUCAUCGGGUUACUCGAGCGGCAUACCCGAGAGCAUCAAUGAUACCUGGGACCCUAUGGAGGGCAGGUCGUGGGGCGCCGAUCGAGCACCAAGCAGCGCGUACACGGCGAGCUACCACUACGGGGCAUCGUUGACGCCAAGCGCCGCCGCCGCGGGCUCUCGCCAGCCGCCGUCGGGAGUGAGCAAGCAGCCGCAGCUAGCCAUGGCGGCCACGUCGUCGGACAUGAGCUGGCUCAACCUAGGUGACCAGUCUCGGGCACGAGGAACGUGAGAUGGCGGCAGACCCGUCGACAAUGUAUAUCCCUCGAUGGUCCCUGCGGACCUACACAUUGGUGUGAUUGUCUACACUGGCCAAGCGCUACCUUUUUUACUUUGUGCAGGCCCGGCUGUUGCGUCAUGUGCAUUCGCCCGGCCGGCGCACUCUACGACGGGUUGGAACCGUCGAUGGCACAAUGAUCACUCCGCUUCAGCCUUGCGCUCUCUCGAUCUCUAUCAUUCCUUCCUCUUGCUCUCUCUCUGUCAGUGUGCGUCGAUCUCUUGGUCUCUCUCGCUCUCAUUCCUUCGCCUCGACGACCCGGAUCGGAUGCGCUUUGGACGACAUUUCCGCAUCGCAAGGCAUUACUCGGCGUCGACAUGUUCUUUGCUGUUUGGACAUUUUUUCGGUCGAUACUUUGUGCAGGCACCUGCGUUUGUGUGAAAUUUUCUGUACAUUCUAGACUCUAGCCCGGGCUUUGGAGUCAUCACUUUCAUCGACUGGGCCGCUGCUGCUAUGAUACCAUCAACAUCUCCUGCUGCGGGUAAUGGGUUGAAUCUUGGGGACGGGUUAAAAGGCGAUUUAGGAGCAGUGCUGGAUGGUGCGGUUACUCUAGUGCGAUGAGCAACCGAUCUGUAACUACCUUCGCGUCAGUAGGACAAAUACACACUAGCUGGCUACGAUAUGUGCGCGCCCAUUCCCGUUCGUCCCGAGGUUGUACACGUUUGUGAUGUUGUGCCUUGCGAGCUCUAGUUGAGCAUCAAUGUCAGGUCAUCGGGGGUUGUAGUGUCUGGGAGAUUUUAAUCGCUUGUGUAAUGUCCCACUAGAAUAAGGGAAAGCCCGCUCUCUGCAUAGUGGUAGUUGGUCGAUUGAGUGAGCAAACUGAGAAAGUUGAUACUACACGUAUAAAUAUUUAUAAAAGACUAAAGGUGGAGUAAAUCUGCUCAAUCUUGGUGAUUGAGAGAUGGUCAAGCUGCUUUGCGCGGCGUGCAGGCAGAGGCUUACAUAGACCGAUGAGGAUGUUUGCAAGCCGCCUUGCAAACACAUGGACUGAAACGCGAGGGCGGUGUCUGGACGACUAACGUCUUACGGGCGCAGCAGGACAGAGGUAUGCAGUUGACGGAGAUGUUGAAAC